AUGAACGCAAAUCCACUCCCCGACGAUGCCUUUGAGAUCCCCGACUCGACGGAUUGGCUCGCCACUCCUCUCCCCUCUCUGGCGGCCGUCGAGGCAGCCCUACGAUGUCAAGUCUGCAAAGACUUCUAUACGACGCCCAUGAUCACAUCUUGCUCGCAUACAUUCUGCUCGCUUUGCAUACGACGGAGCUUGACCCACGAUGGCAAAUGCCCUGCUUGUCGGGCAGGGGACCAGGAAAUGAAGCUGAGGCAGAACUGGGCGAUGGAAGAGCUGGUGGAGGCUUUCAAGAAGGCGAGACCAGAGGUUCUGGGGUUUGCGACAAGGCCCGUGGAAAGGAGCACAUCCCCGAAACGCAAACGGGUAGUGGAGGAAGGGGAAGACGGCAGUACUCCUAGACGGAAGAGAACGAGGUCUGGGAGGCGGAUACUGCCAUCUUCACAGAUUGUAGCACUUGAUUCUGACGGCGAUGAUGAGGAUUACACUCCUGAGGAAGAAGAACCCAAAGAUGGACUGGUGCCCUGUCCAAUAUGCCAGGAGCGGAUGACAGUCCAAGCAGUUGAAGCACAUAUAGACCACUGCGACGGCGAACCUCCUAGCAAGAAGAAGGGGGCUAGAAACUCAACACAAAACCCCACAAUACAUAAAGCAAUAAAGAGACCCGAACGACUUCCUCACCCGCACUAUUCUGGACUCAAAGACGCAGCGCUCCGAAAGAAGCUUGCAGAUCAGGGCAUCUCCUCUUCCGGGUCAAGGCAGUUAAUGGAGAGACGAUACACAGAAUGGGUUACGUUAUGGAACGCAAACUGCGAUUCGAAAAAUCCGAAAGGGAAGAGUGAGUUGAGGAGGGACCUGGAUCUCUGGGAAAGGACCCAGGGAGGUAGAGCUGUGGUGUCCUGGAAAGAGCAGGAAAUAGGGUCCCAGAUUAGGGACAAGGACUUUGAUGGGAAGGCUUGGGCGGAGAAGAAUGACGAGGCGUUUAAGCAACUUAUUGCUAAUGCGAGGAGGAAACCUGCUGCGAAGGCAUCGUCUUCGUCUUCUGGCUCCGGGCCAAUUCAGGGAGAGGCAGUUGAUGGACCAUCCGUGGCAUUGCGCACCCUGGACCGGCCAGACACUGAGUCGAAUGAACAACCAAGAGCAACAACGUCACUGGUCACAUAUAAGGGAUCUCAGACCAGAUUCUUUCAAGAACCAUCAUCACCCGGCCAUACAGGUCCACUCCCAUCCCCACAACGUCAAGGCACAUCGACACUAGACAAAGAUACAGCUAUCAAUCCAGAUAGAACUACAAUCAAACCUCUAGAACCGUAG